AAAGCAAUGCCGGAUUGAACAACCUACGAGCCAAGGGUUUUGCAGGGUUUAGCAAAACCAAAGUACUCCAGCACAUUUAGCAUCAUACUACUAAGUAACCAAUACUGAUGAACAAAACCAUGCGAAGAGUUUCCUCUUUUGCUGCUCCACUUCUCCAUGAAUAUUCAAGAACUUGUUUCUCUCUCAUUUCUAAAGACUUCUUCUCCCACCUUUCUUCUCUCCCCAAUACCCCCACCACCAUCAACCCCAUCAAUGCACACCAACCAAUUUGCCCUCAAUCAUCAGAUACCCUUCUCAAAUCUCAUGCUUUCAACACACUUGUGGAACAGAACCCAUCUCAAUUAUCCUCAAGACAAAGAAAGAUUCAAGAAAGAUCACAACUUGAAAAGUCUUUUGAGUCAGCAAAGACAAUUCAGGAAAUGCUUCAUGUUUUUCAAGAAAUGGAGAAAACUUUUGAUGAGAGGGAACUUGGGUUGGUAUGUUUGAGAAUUGGUCUUAAACUUGAUCAAGAAGGUGAGGAUCCUGAAAAGGCUAUGUCUUUUGGUAAUAGGGCUUUGAAUGUAUUGGAUAGAGAUGAUAAAUUGUCUUUGCCACUUGCUAUGACAUUGCAAUUGUUGGGUUCUACUUGUUAUAGUUUGAAAAGAUUUAAUGAUAGUUUGGGAUAUCUUAAUAGGGCUAAUAGGGUUCUUGAUAAAUUAGUGAAAGAUGGCUCUUGUAGUGUUGAGGAUGUUAGGCCUAUUCUUCAUGCCGUUCAGCUUGAGCUGUGUAAUACAAAAACGGCUAUGGGGAGGAGAGAGGAGGCUCUAGCUAAUCUGAGGAAGUCUUUGGAGUUGAAAGAGAUGACUUUGGAAAGAGAUAGUGUAGAACUUGGAAAAGCUAAUAGGGAUGUGGCCGAGGCGUAUGUCGCAAUAUUGCAUUUUAAAGAGGCUCUACCGUUUUGUUUGAAGGCAUUGGACAUACAUAAGACACAACUAGGGCAAAACUCUGUAGAGGUUGCACAUGAUAGGAGGCUUUUAGGAGUUAUUUAUACUGGAUUGGAAGAACAUGAGAAGGCAUUGGAACAAAAUCAAUUAUCACAGAGAGUAUUGAAGAACUGGGGUUUUGACACGGAUUUGCUUCGUGCUGAGAUCGAUGCAGCCAACAUGCAAAUAGCCUUGGGGAGAUAUAAUGAGGCCAUUAAUACUUUGAAGGGUGUUGUUCAGCAGACUGGAAAAGAGAGCGAGGAUAGAGCUAUGGUCUUUAUAUCCAUGGCCAAAGCAUUAUGCAAUCAGGAGAAGUCCACGGAUGCAGAGAAGUGCCUUGAAAUUGCAUGUGGAAUCCUUGGAAAACAAGAAAAAAUCUCCCCCGUUGAAGUUGCUGAGGCAUACAUGGAAAUUUCUAUGUUGUAUGAGACAAUGGACAAGUUUGAAGCUGCCAUAUCACUAUUAAAGAGAACAUUGACAAUGCUUGAAAAGCUACCUCAGGAACAACAUUCAGUUGGAAGUGUCGCAGCCCGAGUUGGCUGGUUACUGCUCUUGACUGGUGGGGUGCAGCAUUCUAUUCCUUUCUUGGAGGAUGCAGCUGAGAGGCUGAAAGAAAGCUUUGGAUCAAAACAUUAUGCAGUUGGUUAUGUUUACAAUAAUUUGGGCGCAGCAUAUUUGGAAUUAGAUAGACCACAAUCUGCUGCCCAGGUUUUUGCAUAUGCAAAGGAUAUCAUGGAUGUUUCUCUUGGUCCUCAUCAUACAGAUACAAUUGAAGCAUGCCAAAACCUUUCAAAAGCAUAUGCGGCCAUGGGAAGCUAUCACCUUGCGAUAAACUUCCAGGAAAAAGCAGUUGAGGCUUGGGAAGCCCACGGUCCAAGUGCAGUAGAUGAACUUAAUGAAGCUCAACGACUUCUUGAACAGCUGAAGAACAAAGCUGCUGGCCUAUUCGAUCAGAAUGUGAUGAAGGCCUUGCCUUUGGCUAAUUCUAGAGAAGCUGGCUUUAAUAGUACCUCAGAAGUAGGUGUUUCAGCCAUUGAGAGGCAAAGAAGUGCAAUAAAAAUGUUGAAUCAAUAAAGUUCUGCUUAAGUUUGUCUUAAUCUGAUCUUUCCCUUUUAGGAAUAAAAUAAUACCUUUUAUUAGUUUGAUGUAUCCUUUUUUACUGGAACCUAUUCUUAUAAGCUUCACUACAUAUAUUAAAACUACAAGAUCCAUCAGUCUGCAA